UCCAGCAAGGCAAGCUGCUCGAAGGCUUGUACCCAGUAAUUUAUAGAAAACUGUUUGUUUCAUCUAGUUUUAACAGAGUAGUCAGUUGUAAUGGAGCUGUCUAAGAUCUUAUGGAUCCAGCUCGGGAUUUUCGUCCUGCUGAUCUCAAUCAGUUUCGCUAAGAAACUCGAAACACAAGAAGAUGACCUCGAAGCAGCAGAAAGUAAACGCUCAGAUCUUCAACCAGCAGCAACAGGUUACGGUGGGUACCGUCCAAGAGGUCAUGGUGGACACAGAGGAGGUAGCUAUCUGAGAAGAGGCGGUCAUAGUUAUGGAAAGUCUCGUAAAGGUAGCCGUGGCUAUGGCGACUACGGAGGUAAGUACAAACAUGGAGGAAAGAACCAUAAGGUUUAUGACGACUAUGGCGGAGUGCAUAAAUAUGACAAAGGCGGUCAUUCUUAUGACAAAUACGGUAAGGACAACCACGGCUACUCCAAGGAUGGUGGUCUAAGAGGGAAAAAAUUCGGCUCUGACCAGUUUGGUGGUACAGGGAAAAAAGGUGGUAAACUUGGUAAUGACUAUUACAAAGAUUAUGGACAUAAGAAACAUGGCUUUAAGAAUGUCUACCACAAGGAAGAGUAUGGGGACAAGAAAUCCUAUUUCGACGACUAUCACGACAGGGACUUUGGUAAGAAGUACAAAGACUUUAAUGACUAUUAUGAUCAUCACGCUGGUAAAAAAUUCAACAAAUAUGACGACAGGGCAUACUUUGAUAAGAACCAAUACGGCGAUGAUUUCCACAAGUACGGUAAGGGAGGAUACGAUAAUUACUAUGGUAAUGACUUCAAAAAUGGGGGUAAGUAUUUCAAAGACGGAUACGGCUACAAAAAAGGAGGAGGAGGAUAUAAGAAGGGAAGAUAUGGUGGUUAUAAUAUCGGAAGUCAUGGAGGAAGAGGCGGCGGAGGAGGGCAUAGAAGUGGUCGUCAUAGAAUUGGUGGUCACAAAGGCUAAGAAAGUGUCAGCCAUAGUGAGGAUUAAGCUGGUGCGAAAAGCGUUUUCAGUUUCUUCCAGAGGUUUCAAAACUGUCUUAAAGGACUUGAUAAAAAUGGCACAACUUAUGCCAAAAUUAAGCAAUAAUUCGCUCCAAAUUUUAUUACCAGCUUACGUUCUGCUAGCUAUUAUAUACGGAAAGAUCAAAAGGCCAUUUCCUCUACUGAAUAUCAGUCUCUAAGAUAAAUGUGAUCAAAAUUAUUGUUUCGGGAAGCGCGUUUGUAGUGUCGAUGAAAGAAGAGUGUCAAUGUAAUCCAUACGUUCUAACGGGUACGUUAAAGUUAUCCUUUUUUUCUAUUCAAUUCAAACUCUUUGAAACAGUGAGGUAUUAGUAUUGUAUUUGAAAAUAUUAUUUCGUCUCAAAGUUUCACGAAAUUAAUUGCAGGCAUGUUGCUGAAGAUACUUUCUAUAGAAUAAAAUGCAUGAAUCAGUUUGAAUAUUUACAUCUAAACUUGUGAUUUUUUCACUAUUAUAUUAAAAUUCGGUGAUGUCACAGAUGUGUUAUACUAAAAUAACAUGUUUUUCUGCAGAAGAUACUAAUUAG